AUGACGACCAAAACAGGAGACCAGGAGUCUCCUCAGGCGGCCUCUCAAUGCGACCAACCCAGCGUCAAGCGCGCUCCGCCCCCAGAAACCCCGGCCGCCCUUCAAACGCGAUUUCGAGUGAUAGCUGCCUUUUGGGCCGUAAUUAUAUUCCUCGGAUUUCCAAUAUGGUGGAAGACAACAUCAAUCUACCGGGCGUCUCUCCCCAUCGAGGAGAUGGUGGAUUGGGCUGAUGGCAAGGCAUGCCGUCCAGUCUUUCCAUUGGAUAUUCACCUCGCGACACCUUCGAUGCAAUCUUUCGAAGCCCAGCACCUUCUCCGCACGACGCAGCAUACUCUCGAUGACCUCAACGAGUUCGCAGCUCAUCACCUUCGGCUUAAGUUGACCAACGGCAGCACGACGGCAGUUCAUAACGGCGAAGACAACCUGGAAUAUCCUGCGAAAGAGACGGCGGAUACGGCACUGACCGUCCGAUUACUGCCCCAGGAUGGCCUAGCAGGUCCCCGUACCUUCCUCCUCCAACUCCCCCUUUCCACGUUCAUUGCGGCGGAGCUUCAGCAAUUGUAUGGCGAGGAAAAAGCUACUAUAGCGCACAUCUUGUCUGGAAAUACCGCUGGGCUUGACUCGACCUCACCACAACUCGCCGAAGAUAUCGACCGAAGACUGCGCCGAUCGAUGAAAUAUGCUGAAACCUACCAUCUCUCCUUUUCACUGUUUACCCCCGGAUCUGAACCGUCCUCGUGGGACAUUGAGGCUACGCUCUAUGCGAACUUUGCACCCACCGCGCCGAAGCCCGAGUAUGAUGAAUCCGAGGCUGCAUGGACGUUGAAGAAAGAAGGUCUAAGUGCCUUCGUCAAUGCUGCCGAGUGGCCACUGAACCCGAGCAUUGGCAAUGGCCCGACGAUCAAUUUCAUUCUCUAUGUCCCAGACCCUUCGCAGUCUCCACUCAUUGUCAAGGAGAACCGUGCUUCUAGUUGGAUAGUACCCCAAUGGGGCGGAGUUUUCCUCCUUAACCCGCCGCUUUCCAACACCGGCGAGCAGAGUGCCCCGUCUAAUCCUUCCCACCUCUCCCUGGACUCUUUAGGUCCUGCAUUCAUGACCUUCUCUCAUCAACUCCUGACCCUCCUCGGCACUCCAAGCACCCCUGCCUCUCUUCCACUCCGUCUUCAGACAUCUAUCCGCAUCCGCGCGGCCAGCUUGUUGCUCUCCGCCUCAUCAACAAUGGGCUCGCUUGCCCGUCUUACUAAGUCUUUACCCUCCAUCCCUAUCCCGGCAACCGUGGCUACGUCGGUCUCCACCACUCUCUCUCAUUUGAGUGCCUCCUGUGUCCACUUGCGAGAGGGUCGCUUCGGCGCUGCACUUGCCAGCGCCCGAGUCGCAGAGACAGAAGCUGAGCGCAGCUUCUUCGAAAAGAGUAUGGUGGGCCAGGUCUAUUUCCCUGAUGAGCACAAGGUGGCUGUCUAUCUACCCCUUCUGGGACCAAUUGGUGUCCCUCUUGUUGUUGGGUUGCUCAAAGAGCUCAAGAGAAUUGCGGCUCGACGCAAGGCGAACGGGGCAGCAUCGUAG